CUUUGAGGAUAAUCAAGAAUACAAACGCUUCCAUCACUCCCAUGUCUUUAUAUAUAGCAUUGAAAGCCACUUCAACAUCUCAUCCAAAUCGCUUACUACUAACUCUUAAAUCUCAUCCUAACCUUUUCCAUUCUCAAUCCGUGAUGGGCAUGGUAUUUGGAAAGAUUGGUGUUGAGACACCGAAAUUUGAAGUGAUCAAAUCCACACAUGAAUAUGAAAUCCGCAAGUAUGCACCAUCUGUGGUGGCUGAAGUCACAUAUGAACCAUCACAGUUCAAGGGUAACAAAGAUGGUGGUUUCAUGGUUUUGGCCAAUUAUAUUGGCGCUUUAGGGAACCCCCAGAACACCAAGCCUGAAAAGAUUGCCAUGACUGCGCCAGUUAUAACGAAGGACACAAGUGUUUCUGGUGAAAAGGUUGCUAUGACAGCCCCAGUUGUGACAAAGGGUGGUGGUGGUGAUGGUGAAGAAGGGAAGAAUAAGAUGGUGACUAUGCAGUUCAUUUUGCCAGCCAUGUAUGGUAAAGCUGAGGAGGCUCCUAAGCCCAUUGAUGAGAGGGUUGUGAUCAGAGAAGAGGGUGAGAGGAAAUAUGGGGUGGUGAAGUUUGGAGGAGUGGCAACAGAGGAAGUGGUGAGGGAUAAGGUUGAGAGGCUAAGGAUUAGUUUGGAGAGUGAUGGGUUUAAGGUUAUUGGAGAUUUCUUGUUGGCUAGGUACAACCCACCUUGGACAGUACCUGCUUUCAGGACUAAUGAGGUUAUGAUACCAGUUGAAUGAACAUGGUGGAUGUUGUUUGAAGUUAUAGAUUUCAGUAACUUUCUGUUUGUUGGGUUCCUUUUCUUCUUCUUGAUGUUAAUGUUAAGAACUUUAGACCAUGUUGUAGAUUUUGUCGACUGUUAUUUUAUUCAAUUACACACAACAUAAUGGCAAAUGAAUGUUUUGAUAUGCCAGGUUUUUUUCUUGACUGUCU